CACUCAGUCUCUCCUCCUAUUUUUGCUUUGUUGUGACGUCAAGCUUUUACACGUGACCCGAAACAAGAUGGUGCUAGUACUGAUCAUAGGAGACUGUCACAUACCGCACAGAGCAAACUCUUUACCGCCUCAGUUUAAAAAACUACUGGUUCCAGGGAAGAUACAGCAUAUACUAUGUACAGGCAAUCUUUGUUCUAAGGAGAUGCAUGAUUACCUCAAGACGCUGGCUAGUGACGUACACGUGGUGAGAGGAGACUUUGAUGAAAGUACCCAGUAUCCCGAACAGAAGGUAGUUACUGUAGGACAGUUCAAGAUAGGCCUAACCCACGGACACCAGAUUGUUCCUUGGGGAGACAUCGAGAGCUUAUCUCUAGUUCAAAGACAAUUAGAUGUGGAUAUUUUAAUCUCAGGCCACACACACAAAUUUUCGGCUGUAGAGAAAGAAGGAAAGUUUUACGUUAACCCAGGUUCAGCAACUGGUGCAUACAACGCCCUAGAUGUUGAUGUAGUACCUUCGUUUGUCCUAAUGGACAUCCAAGGGUCCCAGAUUGUUGUCUAUGUGUACCAGCUGUAUAAAGACGUCAAAGUACAAAAGAUUGAGCACAAGAAGAAGACAUAGGAGGAAAAGAAAGAUAAUAAACCGUUUUAUUCUUUAAUAGUCGUGUAUUCGAUUUCUCUUUACUCUCCGUACACUAUGUGUGUGUGUUAUUAUUAGAUAAAUUUAUAAUGUAUCCGAAUUGUUUGUAUGUAUGUGCUUAUUUGUGUGUCUAAAAGGCUAAUGAUUGAUUAUUUUUACCUACAAAAAAAGGCAAAAAAUUUUGAAAUA